AUGGAUCUGCGCACCCUCUUCGUCCGCCCAGCAUCGCAGCUGCUCACCCCCCUCCGCCUCCUCACCUCCUCAAAAGCCAUCGCCGCUCCUCUCCCUCUAAUACCCUCCCGUGGCCACAAAACCACCAGCCGCACCAAGCGCGCCCUCAAAAUCGCCCCUCACGACUCCUUCCUCCCAUCGCGCACCUCUUCCGCCGCAACAGACUCAAUCAUCUACAACCCGCCAUCAUCAGAGGCCUCGCCCGAGCACACGCCCUUCAUCUUCCUCCCGCGCAACGACCCCCGCCGCCAGGCCAUCCUGCGCCUCCGCAGCAGCGGCAGCGACCCCACCGCCUACAACGGCAGCAGCGUGACGGCAGAGAGCGAUUUGCCCCCGGAGAUGCGCUACAAGCGCCGCCAGCCGAAAUACAACCUCACCAAGGAGCACAUUGAGGAGAUGCGCCGCCUGCGCGCCGAGGAUCCGCUGACGUGGAGCGUGCAGAAGCUGGCGAGGAAGUUUGAGUGCUCGACUGUCUUUGUGCAGAUGGCUGCGCCGGCGCCGGCGGAGCAUUUGGAGUGGUUGAAGGCGAAGAUGGAGAGGAAGAUGGAGAGGUGGGGGCCGAAGAGGACGCAGGCGAGGGAGGACCGGAAGAGGAGGGCGGAGAUGCUGUACCGGGGAGAGUUAUAA